AUGGAGCGGAUACGCGUGAGCAAGGUAGAGGACGUCUACCUCCUCCGCAGAGGCACGCGCUUCGACGGCACACUGCACCUCAUGCCCCACCAUCUCGUCUUCAGCUACCUCCCCAGCCUGCCCGCCGACGCUCCCGCCAAUGCGAAACCACCGCGGCAGAAAGAAGUAUGGAUUACCUAUCCCAUGAUCAACUACUGCUCCCUCAAAUCGUGUCCGCCCGUCUUGCGCCAGGAGCCCUCGAUCCGCAUACGAUGCCGCGACUUUACCUUCUUCGCCUUCUUCUUCCCGAAUGACAAGAAGGCGCGAGACGUGUACGAUAGCAUACGGGCGCUCUCAUGCAAGAUAGGCAGACUAGACAAGCUACUGGCCUUCAGCUACCAGCCAAAACCACCAGAAGACCAACAGAAUGGCUGGAACAUCUACGACGCGCGCCGCGAAUGGAAGCGACUGGGCAUCAGCCCAAAGGACUCGGAAAAGGGCUGGCGGAUAUCAGAAGUCAACUUGGAGUACAAGUAUGCGCCGACGUAUCCCGCCCUUCUUGUCGUUCCCACCAACGUCUCGGACAGCGUUCUCAGGUACGCAGGUGAAUACCGAUCGCGACAGCGGAUACCAGCCCUCGUUUACCGCCAUCCUGUCAACAACUGCUCCAUAACGCGAAGCUCACAGCCCACACCAGGUCUGCGUGGGAAUCGAAACCCUCAAGAUGAGCGGCUCGUUGCAGCCAUCUGGGCGACUAACCGCGGGUGGAAACCUGCAAAUAUCUCCUCCUCCAAUUCUGCAGAGCUCACUCCUGAUACAAGCGUUGUGAACCUGAACGAUUCCAGUGCUAAUAGCUCUUUUGUCGGUGCAGUGGAAGGGAGUAUCGAUGCCGGAAGGACCACUGCAGACGACCUGACAGCGUCUUCGGAAACAGACGCCGACGCGCCAAAAGUCUACGGGGCCCAGCAGCGGAACCUCAUUGUUGAUGCUAGGCCUACAGUAAAUGCGUACGCGAUGCAAGCUGUUGGGCUUGGUUCAGAGAAGAUGGACUAUUAUCCAGGAGCGGAGAAAGCAUACCUCGGAAUUGAUAAUAUUCACGUCAUGCGGAAGUCGCUUGAUACUGUCAUUGAGGCCCUGAAAGAGUCGGAUCUAGUGCCGUUUCCCCCAAACAGGCAGCUUCUGGCCAAGAGUAAUUGGAUCAAGCACAUUGCUAACAUACUGGAUGGAACUGCGCUGAUAGCCCGCACGGUUGGCAUCAUGCACUCGCAUGUCCUCAUUCACUGUUCCGAUGGCUGGGAUCGCACGAGCCAGUUGAGUGCACUCAGUCAAAUCUUGCUAGAUCCCUAUUAUCGGACGCUGGAAGGUUUCAUCGUCCUCGUUGAGAAGGAUUGGCUUUCCUUUGGACAUAUGUUUCGACAUCGAUCAGGGUUUCUGAGCCAUGAGAAGUGGUUCACCAUAGAGAACGAAAAGAUUGAGCGCAAGCACGACGGCACUGGAGGCAGCAAUGCCUUUGAGAAUGCUCUUCGUGGUGCGCGAGGGCUGUUCAACCGUCACAACGAAUCGAACGAAUCUCUCAAUCAGCUCCCGGAAACGAACAUGCCAGAAAAUGUCACAGAUGUUGCCGAUACUCCCUCGUCGAAGCCUGUUCAGAUUGGAGCUGCGGAGGAGCAUCGUGUCACCAAGGUGAACGAGCUGUCACCCGUGUUCCAUCAAUUUCUCGAUUGUGUAUACCAACUACAUUAUCAGCACCCAACCCGAUUUGAGUUUAGCGAGCGCUUCCUGAGGCGCUUGCUCUACCAUCUCUAUUCCUGUCAGUACGGAACGUUCCUGUUCGACAAUGAAAAGGAGCGCGUAGACACCAGGGCUAAGGAGCGAACAAGGAGCGUAUGGGACUAUUUCCUUUGCCGCAAGCAAGAAUUUAUGAACCCAAAGUACGAACCAGAGAUUGAUGACGCUAUCCGAGGCAAGGAGCGCAUGAUCUUCCCUCGAAAAGGCGAGGCGAGGUGGUGGGCUGAAUGUUUUGGUCGUACUGACGAGGAGAUGAACGUUUUUGGCCCUCAAGCGCCACCAAAUCUCACACCCCAGACCAGUAACCAGAGUACUGGAAGGAGUGGGACGAGCACUCCAAUCGUCCAGGAGCCCAUUGUCACAGGUACAGAGUCCGCGGACGGAGCGACUGGAGCAGGUACAACUGUCCAGCUUCCUCCUACACACGCUGUUGGCGAUCGCUCCCCAAGAGUCUCCAACACACCAAAACCUCUUGAUGCUGCAGCUGCGCUAGGGCAGGAUCUAAGGCAAGGAGUAAUGGCGGGUUUCGAGAAGCUGGGCAUCACUAGCAACACGAACAGGGCAGUAAGUCCAGCUGCAGCAACCAGUAGGCCGAGCGAAGACGUAGCACGAGAAGUCGUCAAGCCAAGCUCGGAUCUGAGUACCGGUACAGAAACGGGGGAAAAUGCCGAGGAUGUCACUCAUGAGACCGCUGGAGAGGAUGUGAAACAGUCGUUGGAGGACGGCAACAGGCUGAGUUCCGAGGCGAGUACGGAACAAUCCUUGGAGCCUGCGUCGACUCAGAUCGCCGAUUUGGGACUGGGGGCGGACAUAGUGGAGAAGAAAGCAGAGAACAGGAGUAGAAGUCGGAAACCCACCCAGGCGGCGGAGGCAAAAAAGGAGGUUGAAAUGGAGAUGCAAUAA